AUGUAUAUGAAGAUGUUUGGCGCCGCUGCAGAACUAGAGAACCCCGUAUGCGCUCCAGGCAUGAUUUACCUGCGAUGCUUGAAGGAGAACAGGACAGAGACGCAUGCACGCCGCACGGAGAUAUGCCGUCAGAAGUUUGAAGCCUUUGAUGCAGCAAGGAAGGCGCUGCUGAUGCAGCAGGAAGACGCAACCGAGAAGGCGCUUGUUGAACAAAAUAUUGCUGACCUUCGUGCUAAGUCGUUGUUUGAGAGGCGUUUGCAUCUCCUGUCUCUCCUUGAGGCCGCCAAUGCAGCAGCAGCUGCUGCUGCAACAGCAGCAGCUGCAGCAGCAGCAGCAGCAGCAACUAUUUUCGUGUAUUUACAUCUGACUAUCCUUUUUGUACUCGGUGCAGCAGCAGCAGCGGGAGAGUUAGCAGCAGCAGCAGCAGCAGGAGACUUAGCAGCAGCACUAGAAGCUUUAGCAGCAGCAGCAGCAGCCUUAGCAGCAGCAGCGGCAGCAGCCUUAGCAGCAGCAGCAGCAGCCUUCUUGCUGCAGUGGCAUUUGCCUAGUAAUAUUUAUUUCUUAAUUUGUUUAUAG